ACUGAGCAUGCCCAGUGGCGGAGCCGACCACAGUUUUUUUUUUUCUUUUCUUUUCUUUUCCUUUUUUUUUUUUUUUUUCGGUCUCAAGUAGGAGGCUUUCCCCCCACCCCCACCCCCUUCUGAGCCCCCCCUCCCACCCCCGGCCUAAGCAGCUACCAUGGCCGAGGUCCCCAGCGCGGCGUUGUCCCAGGCGGGUUGGUAUCUUUCAGAUGAAGGCAUUGAAACUUGUACAAGUUCUCCUGAAAAAGUGAAUGUAAAUGACAUCAUCCUGAUUGCUCUCAAUACAGAUCUGAGAACAAUUGGCAAGAAAUUCCUCCCCAGUGACAUCAAUGGUGGAAAGAUUGAAAAGCUUGAAGGUCCAUGUGUUUUGCAAAUUCAAAAAAUUCGCAAUGUUGCUGCACCAAAGGACAACGAAGAAUCUCAGGCUGCACCCAGGAUGCUGCGAUUACAGAUGACAGAUGGUCACAUAAACUGCACAGCAGUAGAAUUCAGUUAUAUGUCAAAAAUAAGCCUGAACACUCCACCUGGAACUAAAGUUAAACUCUCUGGCAUUGUUGAUGUGAAAAAUGGCUUCCUGCUCUUAAAUGACUCUAACACCACAGUUCUUGGUGGAGAAGUGGAACACCUUAUUGAGAAAUGGGAGUUACAGAGAAGCUUAUCCAAACAUAGUAGAAGUAAUAUUGGAACUGAAGGUGGACCCCCUCCUUUUGUGCCUUUUGGACAGAAGUGUGUGUCUCAUGUCCAAGUGGAUAGCAGAGAGCUUGAUCGCAGAAAGACAUUGCAAGUUACAAUGCCUGUCAAGCCUGCAAAUGAUAAUGAUGAAUUUGAAAAGCAAAGGACUGCUGCUAUUGCAGAAGUUACAAAAAGCAAAGAAACUAAGACAUUUGGAGGAGGUGGUGGCAGUGCUAGAAGUAAUCUCAACAUGAGUGCUGCUGGUAACCGAAAUAAGGAAGUUUUGCAAAAAGAAAAGUCCACCAAAUCAGAAGGAAGACCUGAAGGUGUUUAUAGAGAACUGGUUGAUGAGAAGGCUUUGAAGCACAUAACUGAAAUGGGCUUCAGUAAGGAAGCAUCCAGACAAGCUCUUAUGGAUAAUGGCAACAACAUAGAAGCAGCAUUGAACGUACUUCUAAACAACAAUAAACAAAAACCCAUGACAGGCCCACCUCUGAGGGGUAGAGGAAAAGGCAGGGGACGAAUAAGAUCUGAAGAAGAAGAGGAUCUGGGAACUGCUAGGCCAUCAGCACCAAGUACAUUAUUUGACUUCCUGGAAUCUAAAAUGGGGACAUUGAAUAUGGAAGAACCUAAAUCACAGCUUCAUCAGGGACAACACAGAUUAUCAAAUAAUGAGCAGAAUGGAGUAAAAGAUAAUAAUCAACCAAGACAUCUUCUACGAAAUGACACCAGGCUGCCAAGAAAUGAAAAACCUCCUCGUUUUCAAAGAGACACUCAAAAUUUAAAGUCAUCGUUAGAAAGUAGUUUGCCUAGAAAUAGAGGUUCUGAAAGACCAAGUACUUCUUCAGGAUCUGAAGUAUGGGCUGAAGACAGAAUCAAAUGUGAUAGGCCAUAUUCUAGAUUUGACAGAACUAAAGAUACUUCAUAUCCUUUAAAUACUCCACACAGUGAUGGUGCUUUUAAAAAGAGAGAGAACUCCAUGCAAAGCAGAUCGGUAAAAGGUCCACCAUAUGUGGAAGCUAAAGAUAAUCCACUUCCGCCAGAAUCUGUAGAUUGUAACAAUCAAAAACGUGGAAAAAGGGAAAACCAAACAGCUAAUUCUGACCAUUUUUAUGACAGGAAAUCACGAACAAUUAAUAAUGAAGCCUUCAGUGGUGUAAAAAUUGAAAAGCAAUUUAAUGUAGCUGCUGAUUACCAGAAUCCUGGCCGAAGUAAUAGUUUCAUUGGUGUUCCAAAUGGAGAGACAGAAAUGCCACUAUCAGGAAGAAGAGUAGGACCUAUUAAGCCAGCAGGACCCAUUGCAACUGUACACUAUGAUGAUAAAAUAUUUUACAAUAGUGGGCCCAAAAGAAGAUCUGGACCAAUUAAGCCAGAAAAAGUACUAGAAUCAUCUAUUCCUAUGGAGUAUGCGAAAAUGUGGAAACCUGGAGAUGAAUGUUUUGCUCUUUAUUGGGAAGACAACAAGUUUUACCGAGCAGAAGUUGAAGCUCUCCAUUCUUCUGGUAUGACAGCAGUUGUUAAAUUCAUUGAUUAUGGAAACUAUGAAGAGGUGCUAUUAAGCAAUAUCAAGCCCAUUCAAACAGAGGCAUGGGAGGAAGAAGGCACCUACGACCAAACUCUUGAAUUCCGUAGAGGAGGUGACGGCCAGCCAAGACGAUCGACUCGGCCAACCCAGCAGUUUUAUCAACCUCCAAGGGCUCGGAACUAAUAUGAGAAGAAUCUUUGCGAAGAAAGGAGCCGUUGCCUGACCCAUCCCAAUCAGCCUGUUGAAGAUUUCCAUUUCCCUACAAAUUAAGGUGCAAUCGUGGUGGAUAUUAUUAUGUGAAGAAAGAAAAACACAGAUUUUAAGGGGAAAAAGACUCAGCCUACACAAGGAGCGGGAAAAAGUACUGAGUAUAAAUAAAGCAAAUAAAAACCUUUUACAUAUGCUAGGAAGUUUUUCUUCUGCCCUCAAUAAAAUCAUUGCAGCAUUA